AUGCCAGAGCAAUCGGCAUCAUCGUCUUGUGUUCGUUCCUACACAACAACUCGCAAUGUGUUGGUGUUGACUCUCUUUGUGGCGUCGACGGUCCUUCAGUUGCAUUUGAGAUGGGGACGAGAGAUUGCCGAUUCCUUCUAUAAAACGGCUCCAUGUAUGACUCACAGCAGCAGUCAAGAACUCUUGGAUAUGCCACCCGAAGCACAGCGGCAGUUAUUAUUGGCAUCUUCAUCAUCCAGUAGUAGUGAGACAACCAACGAGGUGGAUUCUACUCCAAGACAAAAACAAGAGACAACUGCUGUCAGUACUACUUCGACUGGCUUGCAUGCUCCCAAUUCCACACGGCUUCCACGCCCGAACGAAAAUGGGAUUAUCAUUUUUUACUUUCACAUUCCCAAAACAGGCGGAACGUCGCAAAUGGCUCCCUUUGCCCAACAUCCCGAUUGGCGUUAUCGCAUGGUCUACGGCGAUUCCAAACGAAAACGAUACAGUCGAGAAAUGUACUCCUGGCUCGAAAACUGGGAACCCGGCACGAAAGUCUAUUACGAGUACCAUGCCGGCAAGGCGGCGGCCUACAUGACCCAACAAGUCCGACAGGAUGUCUUGAUUUGGAGGGCCAUGGCAAAGCUACGCAAUAUUCCCUUUUUUGCCUUCACCGUGGUACGAGAACCCACCAGUAUGGCCGUCUCUCAUUUCAAUUUCUACUACGCCCAACCCAAGUACGACAAUCGAUAUUACUGGAGACCCAAUGCCACCGAAGAGGACUUUUUAGAAUUGUCCGUACCCAAUCCACAGUGUGUUUUUACACUCAAAACAGAAGUGGCCUAUUACGAAGACUAUCGAGAAAAACACGGACGUGCCGGAACACACGUCACGCAACAACAAUGUCGAGAUGUCUACGAUGCCUUUGUCACUGACUUCGAUUGGAUCGGAACCACCGAUGCCUUGUCCUACGAAACAUUCAAGAUAUUGGAACAACUGGGACACGUUCGCUACUGCAACGAAAUUCGCAACAAGGGAAAAGACCGCAUUCUCAAACACACCUUGUCGGCCACGACGUUGGAGUACAUUCGCAACACGACCUCGUACGACCGCGAGUGGUAUGUGCGCGCCAAACGCGAUUUUCCCAUUGCCAUGUGGAGCAAUUUUGAUCCUCCGCAAGGACCUCCACCGGUCCAUCGCAAAAAGAAAAUUUGCGUCUACAAAAAGGGACAGGCAUUGCCACCGGGGGAAUUGCCCAAGCGACCCGGAGAACGACGACGGUUCUUGGAACAGAAUCCGGGAUUUGUCGAAAUCAAAGAUCGGGAUUAAUAUUCAUUGAGUCUUGAUUCAUGAUUCAUUGGUUGCGACGGACCACACAACAAUAAGAAACUGACUGAUCAGCAGAAUGCAGUAUGAAGCACCAAUGCGCCAGCCGUGUGUAGCUUUGCCAGCCUAUACAACAGGACUCCGUACGGAGGAGAGUCAGACCUGAUUCGAUUGGUUAUAGAAUGUCGCUUUGAUUGAUUUUGUGCGCAGGUCACCCCACAAAUGAUUGAAUCUGGCUGGAGUCAGUCAUGUAAUGAUAGAUAGAUCAUUGUAGUUGCUGCCCCAUGAAAGCAAUAUUGCAUACUCCUCUCUUACUACCUUUGCC